AGUUACUCCGGCCUACUCUCUCGCCUUCCUUUCACCUUCCACACUCUUUUGUCACGCCUGGCAGAGGGAUAAUGCUCCUCUAUUAUACUACUUGAAUCCUGUACUAAUUGCCUUGAUCUGCUGGACAUAUCUGUCACGCAGCGAACUCAGUGUCCGGGAGACACUUUUUUGUACCAGUCCUGCCCGCUGCGGGCGACCGUGUCCAUUGUGAAAUUGCUUCACCAUGUCUACCGACUACAAUUAUGAUGACAAGGGACAAUUUUUCCCGUUCUUUGUCCUGACCCUCACCAGUCUUGUCACACUCCCUCUCACAUACAACCUUCUCCGACCGAGCAAGGGUCUCGAAAAUACCGCUCCCCGGAUAAAGUCCGAGUUCAAGCCAGAACAUGCAGAGCUUAUUGAGGCGCAGAAGCGCAAACGCCUGCGCAAAGAGCGCCGCAUCAAGCGCAUAAUUACUGUUGUCGUGGGUUACGCUGUCAUGGCAUGGAUGGCCUAUUUGAUCGUCGUCACCGCGAGGACUGUACCCAAAGUUUGGGACCCUUAUGACAUUCUGGGUGUUUCAAGGAGUGCCGAUGAGAAAGCUAUCUCAAGACACUACAAGCGCCUCUCACUUAUCUAUCACCCCGACAAGAUCCGCCCGGACCCCGCAAAGAAUGAGACUAUUGAGAUGCUCAACGAACGUUUCGUUGAGCUUACCAAGGCAUACAAGGCGCUUACCGACGAGGAAAUCCGCAACAACUAUAUCCAGUAUGGCCACCCUGAUGGCAAGCAGAGCAUGAGCAUCGGUAUCGCUCUGCCCACGUUCAUCGUUUCGGAGGGAAACUCCAAGUACACUCUGCUGGUCUACGGUGCACUGCUUGGUGUUUUGCUGCCCUACAUUGUCGGGAAAUGGUGGUAUGGCUCCCAGCGCUACACCAAGGAACGCGUUCUUGUCGCAAGUGCUGGAAACAUCUUCCGCGAAUACAAAGAGGACAUUACCGAUGGCGGUAUCGUCAACGCCCUGUCCUCCGGCGCAGAGUUCAAGGAGAUGCUCCAGGGACCUAAGAUGGAUGCUGGACUGGCCAAGCUUGAGAAAAAGGUUCUGGCUGAGGAUUCUACCUUCCUGUCGCCUGAGGAUCGCGAGGUUAUUAAGGGUCUGGACGAAUCGAGCAGACGCAAGGCUCUGGCAUUGCUGUGGGCUUACCUUGGCCGCGUUGACCUGGAGGACACUACACUCAACGGAGAGAAGUACGAAGCUGCACCAAUCGCUCUGUCGCUGAACGAAGCUUUCACAGCCAUUGCUCUCGCAUUCGGUAACGUCCGGCCCAUCCUGGGUUCUUUCCGGACCUCCCAGCAUCUCAUCCAAGCUGUUGCGCCUGGCUCGUCGCCUCUCCUGCAACUCCCUCACUUCACGGAGGAAGUUGUCAAGUCCGUUGAGGGUGCCGACGCAAAGGAACACUUCACCGUCCAGAAGUUCAUGAGCAUCCCUGAAGACAAGCGUCGCAGCCUCACUGUCGGCGCUGGCCUCAUGUCCGAGAAGCAGUACACCUCCGCCGUAACCGUCGCCAAGCAGCUCCCUGUCCUGGAAGUCUCCCGUGCCUUCUUCAAGGUCAUGGGCGAAAAGGUCAUCACCCCCAGCAGUCUCGUCCAACUGGUCGUCAAGGCCCGCUUCAUCCCUCCUGGCUACAGCGCGGACGUCCCACCGGUUAACCCCACCGACCUUGAAGACAUUGACCCCGACGAAGACGACCUGGACGCCAUCAUGGGCCGCAAACCCGCCAAGAACAAGACCACGAAGCUCGUCAACGGCGUCAAGGUCGAAGAGAAGGUCGAAACCAUCCAGCCUCCCCUCGCUCACGCUCCCUACCUGGCCCGCGACCACUCGCCCCGGUGGCACAUCUUCCUGGCCGACGCCAAGCAGGGCAAGAUGGCUGUCCCACCCUUCACCUUCACCACCUUCGACAAGCCCCUCUUCGACGCCGACGGCAAGCCCACUUUCAAUGUGCAGACUCUCAAGAUGCAGUUCCAGGCUCCUCCCCAAGUCGGUGACUUUACUUUCGUCCUGAACAUGCUCUGUGAUAGCUACUUGGGUCUGGACACUAAGAUGGAAAUCACCCUUCACAUUGAUGACCCCGCCAAGGCGGCCGCUUUGGAUGAAGAAGAUGAUAUCAGUGAACCUGACGAGGACUCAAUAGCCGGCCAAAUGCAAGCCCUGAAGACCGGCCAACCACCCAAGAAGAAGACCAAGAAGCCCUCUGACGACUCCAGCGACGAUGAUGAAAGUGAUACCGACGGAGAUGCAGGAGAUACCAGCGACACGAACACAGAGACCGAUGUUGACGACUAAAGCAAGUAAAGUGUGGAGAUUAGGAUUCUCCAAGUAGAGGAAAGAGAAAGAAAAAGAAAACAAAAUCAAAUCAAAUCAAACUCAUUUU